UGAUGCGAGUUUCUCGAAAUAGCAUCUAAACAAGACAAAACAAGGCGGCAAAUGCACGCUUAGGCAACUGAUUAGUAUAUUUUUUGUUUAUUUGAACCUUGCUUCACUUUUGUGGUACCCUUAACAGGCGUUUGCCUGUUAAGGACAGUACAGAAGAGGUUCAUACAGCUUAUAUUGCUUGCUUUUACCCAGAGGUAUGAAUGAGAAAUCGGAUAACGGAAGUGCAGAAUCGCCAUUUGCCUCACCACCAAAGCCCCCAAGACCUCCGCCGCCUAAUUUAAGCAAGCAAUCGAGCAUAGCUCAACACCUACAGCUUCUCCAGUCGCUAAGAUCUGAACGAGUUCGCUGGUUUGUCAAGGAAGAUAACAAAAAAUGGUCGCCUUUAAACGGAAAAGAUUCGCUCGCUAUAGAAGCAUGCUAUCAGAGAAUUCAGGAUCUAGAGCAAGCAUCUGGCAACGAAGACCCAUCCAAGCCACUCAACACUCAAAUUAUCUACGAUCUACCGGUAGUCAAAGGGGGACUGUAUGAAGUUGAUGUCGUUGCAAGAGAAUGUAGUCCUAUUUACUGGAAAGAGUCAAGUAAACCAGUUUGCCGAGGGACCUGGUUUUUGGGAGGAUCAUCCUCCGAUGCCUGGCAACCAAUUAGUGAAGAUGAUGCAGAGCAGAUUGAGUUUUCUCAUCAGGGGAUUUGGAGAGCAAUGGGUCUAGGGAUUGCAGCAGACAGUGCAGAGUCAAUGGGGGCUGACAAGGAAGCCAUGGGCAGACUGCAGCUAAAAGGGUAUCAUGUCGAGUGGAAAGAUGUGACAGACGUAUGGCUGUACUGGGAUGACAUCAAGUCAAGAAUCAUAAGAGGUGUAGGGACUAAGAUUGGUCUGGGAUCCCAAGGGGUGCAGAUUCACCGUGGUUAUCACACUGAUGCCGUCCCUGAAGAUUGCCCCCCUGAGAUCUCGCAUCUUGUGUUUGUGAUUCAUGGUAUUGGCCAGCUUCUGCACAUGAGUAACAUCGUCAAGAGUGCCACUGAUUUUCGGUCUUCUGCUGAGAAAGUACACGAAAAAAAUAUCCCAGGUUUUCCCCGUGGUCAGAGAGUUGAGUUUUUCCCUGUGGAAUGGAGGUCUUCAUUAAAAUUGGAUGAUGGUGCAAUUGAUGCUAUCACACCGGCUAGUGUUUCUGGCCUGCGAAAAGUUCUUAACAUAACUAUGAUGGACAUAAUGUACUACACAAGUCCCUUUUACAGAUAUGAGAUAAUCAGUGGUUUGAGGGAGGAGCUUAAUCGCUUAUACUCACUCUUCUGUGAGCGGAACCCUUCCUUCCAAGCAAAGCAGGGCAAAGUUUCCAUUAUCGCCCACUCCCUGGGUAGUGUCAUCAUGUAUGACAUACUGUCACUGUGGGACACUGAGAUACGCCACCUGUCUGACCAAGAAAAAGCUGGCACUGGCUUCCUGACGGAAAGUUUCUCAUUCCUGCGUAACGUCACAGGGUACCCUGAGUCUGAAUCAUCUGACUCUGAUCCUGAGGGGUCCCCCCUGAGGCAAGCUCGCAAGGAGAACAUUAGGGUGGAGUUAUCUAAGGCGAGGAGUAAAGUAAUGGAGCUAGAGGCAAAGCUGAAAAGUCAGAUUGAAUUUGAUCAAAAUCGCCGCGGGGAGAAUGGUUCCACGGCAGAGGAUGUUUGCCAAUACGCCCUUAAAUUCAAGGUUGAAAACCUGUUCUCUGUUGGAUCUCCGCUGGCUGUAUUCCUAACUCUCCGAGGGCUGAGACCACAGGAUGACGUUGAAGAUCAUGUGCUUCCAAAGUCUGUCUGCAAGAAGAUGCUGAACAUCUAUCACCCAGCUGAUCCAGUGGCAUAUCGCAUGGAGCCAUUAAUAAGCGAGGAGUAUUCCUCUGUCCCACCCAUUCAACUCCACCGCUUUGAUAGCCACAAACUUGGCUACCUCGAAGAGAAGAAGCCAGCUCGGGAAAGUGGGGGCUGGAAAUUCUUCAACUACAAAGUGGGUUACUCCAAAAGUUCAGAGGAGCCUCGCAGCAGAUCAGGCUCUACUGCAAGUGACAGUGAUGCCCCGGAAGACGAGAUUGUAAUUGUCGGUCACUCUGUCCCUCAGGGGGGGAGGGAGGAUCAGUGUGAUGGCGAUAGGGGCAAGGCUAAGGAGAAAAAAAGUGGGUGGAUCUCCAGUUGGUUUGGCUCCUCCCAGCGCAAGUCUGUUGAAAGUGAUGGCCAGUGUAGUGAAGAUGGUGCCACCAGUAAUGGGCAGGCCAACAGACGACAGAAGGCUGGCGCUGGGGCACCGGAGUACAUUGCAGUACCUAGUAAAGAUUUGUCUGACCGCCUUGACUAUGUGCUAAGGGAAGGCUAUAUGGAGAGUAAUUACUGGUCAGCAGUCACGUCACAUGUGUCAUACUGGACAUCAUCUGACGUCGCGAGGUUUGUCUUGGAAAACACCCUGGAAUUUGUACCAAGUCCCACAUAAAGCCAGUGUGUACCCUACAGAUCGAGGAAGAGUCAGGUCAGAUUAAAAUAUGAGAUAAACCAACAUUAAUAUUAAAUAUGUUAUCAAAGUGCUAUGCUUUUAGAUGUCUGUGCAGGAUUGUUCUUAGCCUACUAGUCAGCUCUCAUUUGGGAUAAUUCUGAUUUUUUUUUUCAAUCUAGCCUGUAGAGCUUUAAGAUGUCCCUUAUCCUAGUAACCCUUGGCCCUCAAGCAUUCAAAGACAAGCCAUUUCCUAAUAACCACAAAUGAGGUUAGACUAGCAGCCUAGAUUGUACUCUGUUUUUGUGCUAGGGAAGGGGUACAUAUUUUCUAGGGUCUUCAUAAUGGUUAUUUAUUGCUGCAUGUUUUGUACAGAGAGUGGUCUUGUGGUAUGUGGUAUGUAUAUUUUCAGUGUGUUGUUUGAUUUUAUUAUUCAACUAUCCUUUGUUCUGUGAAAAAACAGAAACAGUAUAUCUAUAUAGUACCAAAGAAUCAAAAAAGGAAGCUUAUUAAACAACUACAGCUCCUACCUAUUUUUAAAAUAAAAUGGCCUUUAUCCAUAUGCCCUAUAUAUUUCAUAUCUUUUUGUGCCAAAACUAAGUAUAAUAUUUUGGUAAUCUGACAAAAAUUACUUUUUUAAGGUUUGGUAUGAUAGAGAGUUAUACAUGAAUGUUAAGUAUAAAUGAAUUAUAGCACACAUUUGCAUGAUUUUGAUGUUAAAUUAUAGAAUAUAUUAUUCAAUGAUAUACACAGAAACUUCAAAUAAUUUUAUGGUCUUAGUUGCACGUUCUUUAAUAAAAGUACAUCUGUUUGUUAUCCAAGCAAAAUUCCAAUAAAUAGUUUGUCCAAUUA